AAAAUGGCAAGUCACAGUCAGAGCUGGGAUCUCUUAAUAUUUUUAAUUUUGUUUUUUGUGGGUGCUAUAUCUUGUGUUGAGGUUACUGUUGAGACUGGGAAAGAUCACACUUUCAAGUCUUCUGCAUCAGGAAGGAUUGAGACCAUUCUGUGGAAGUUCAAGAAGACAAAAGUGGUUGAGUUUGAAGGUGGUCACCCUACGUGGUAUAGAUUUGAAUCUCGAGCAGAUCUUGAUACUAACACUGGAGACUUCACGCUUAAGCAGCUGAGUAAAGAGGACAGUGGUCAUUACCAGUCUGAAAUUCAGGUGGAUGGAAUGCUUCAGUAUUCUGACUAUGAUAUUAAAGUGAUGGAUGCAGUUCCAGUACCGAACGUAACAUGUGAGGUAAACAGUACAGUAGCGACACUCCUGUGUUCAGUGGACUCGCAAUUUCAGGCAAAACUUAUAUGGACCGGCCCAAAUGGAUUUAAAGAAACAGGAGAAAGAAUCAGCGUCUCAUUCAAAGAACAAUCAGUCUACAGUUGCACCGCACAAAAUGCACUGAACAAGAACAGCACAGAGUUCUCUCUUCAAAAAUGUCUCACAGGUGGAGUUAGUCCUGUCACUGCCAUGUCUCUUACAGUUUCCUUCAUUGCUGUUCUGAUUGCUGCUCUUCUAGCUCUGCUUUACUGCAGUUGCUGGACUGGGAACACAGAACUGGAUAUGACUUUCACCAAAGUAGAAUAUACAUGCUGAAGCAAACACUUCUCACUGUAAACAACACAUACAUUCUAACCAGUUUCACAGAUAAUGUUACAUUUUAAACAUACAGUCUGCUGCUGACAUCAUAUCCUAAUUAAGUAAGGUGUGUCUGAAAGACUCAGAAGUGAGUCUAAAAGGUCCUAGUAGAUGGCUGGACCUGUGAAAACGAUAUAAAGCUUUUAUGGUCUUACUCUUAUAAUCGUCACUGUUAUUUCUAAACUUUGCUCUCCAUUUUCCAAUAUUUUACAUAAUUCAAGUAUAGUAGCUGUUUUUUCCAUCGUGUGAACAGUUCAUAAUGUGUGGUGCAAACAGAAAUGCUCAAAAUUUAUGGCUAAUAAAAUCU